GAUGGCGUCGCUUUCCGGCUAAUGCCAAAAAAGUUUUAAAAUUCGUCCGUUGGGUGGGAGUGAAAAACAAAACAAACAUUUUUGUUGAAAUUAAUAUCUUGCAAAACACUCUAAUUUAUAUAAAGUUUAAAUUAGUGUAUUACACAUAAACAAGAACAUAUUUAAACCAACCAUGACAGAAUUUGUGACGCCGAUUAAGAAGAAGACAGUGGAGUCAGAAGUUGUUACCAUUCCUCCUUCUCCCUUUCUAAACAGACUUGGAUAUGGCACAGGCGUGAAUGUAAUGCAACUAGUAAGAUCGCCUAGAGCUGGUCAAAUGCGGUCUCCAUGGGCUCUAAAAAUGUUGAACAAGCGAGUAAAACCCUGCAAAGUGUACUCUGAGCGCUUGAAAGUGGAGGCGGACCUUUUACAGAAGAUGUCCCACCCGAACAUAGUUGGGUUCCGAGCGUUCAGUAACAAUAAGAUCCUGUAUUUGGGCAUGGAGGCCUGUGACCUGUCUCUGGGAGACAUGAUUGAGAAAAGAGUGGAAAAUGACGGAGAGCCGUUCGCUCCUAAACAAAUUUUAAAGGUGGCUCUAGACAUUUCAGAGGCACUUGACUACCUCCACACGAAGAUGCAGAUUUUGCACGGAGACAUGAAGUCGUACAACAUUCUUGUGAAUGGUGACUUUGUAAUCUGCAAACUGUGCGACUUCGGAGUCACCCUGCCACUUGACGAAAACGGUGUCUUUGACAAGAAGAAAGCUGGGAAGAAGGCAGUUUACUUUGGCACUGAAGCAUGGAGUGCCCCAGAAGUGAUCCACGGUGGGCAGAUCACCACAAAAACAGACAUCUGGCCGCUCGGGCUCACGCUGUGGGAGAUGAUGGCGCUGAUGCCUCCGCACACGCAGCAGGACGAGUCCAUGGACGCUAGUGUCGUGGAGCUUAAUGACACGGAUGCCAGCAUGGAAGAAGAUUACUUCUCUGAGAGAUAUGGCACGCGUCCGCACGUCCCGGGCAACAUAUCGGAGCAGGCGUACGCGCACGCUCUAGCUAUCUUCUACUGCUGCACAGAAACCAUGGCAUCCAUGCGGCCCAGCGCACGGCACCUCGCCACGGCGGCGGCUGAUAUGUUGGACCAGGCUGACAGAUGAGUGGGCUAUAUAUAAGUAAUAGACAUGUUGACACCACCAAUCAAUUGACGUACUUUUUAAAACUGUCAAAACGAAACUCUCCCAUAGAUUUUGUAUCGCACUACAAGCAAGUGACGUCACUAUUUUGUCAACUCAAUUAAACUACUUUUUUCAAUUACAAGGCGAUCAAAAAUCGUAAUUUACAGGUAAUUUAAAAUCAGUUAAGUUUUUAAGUCCAGAACGAAGGAUCUUUUUAAAAAAGUUGUGGUUUCGAAUUAUUGGGGUAUGGUGUCAAACUGUCUAUUGUGACUGAGCACUGCUCAGACACUACAAACUGCUCACUGCUCACUGAGCAGUUUUGUAGUGAUAAGAUUGUAUUGUUAGCACUUUGACAGCGUGGCGUUUUAUUGCUGCGCCACGGACUGCUACGGACGGACUGAGUCCAAGAAUUGCUGUCAAAUUUGUAUAUCACAUAACUGCAAAGUUGCUCGCAAAAAAUAUAUUGUACAGAUAUAGUGCUGGAUGC